UGUUUUACGACAGUGCGCUCAGCUCCUAGUCGCCCUGGUUCAAGAUGGCCUCGUCGUUUUGGAAAGGUGUCGUCGGUGUCGGACUUUUUGCCUUAGCCCACGCAGCCUUCUCAGCGGCACAGCAUCGGUCAUACAUGCGACUCACAGAGAAGGAAAACGAGACACUACCAAUUGAUAUUGUACUACAGACCCUGUUAUCGUUUGUGAUGACCUGUUAUGGGAUUGUCCACAUCGCUGGAGAGUUCAGGGAAAUGGAUGCCUCCUCAGAGCUGAAAAACAAAACUUUUGAUACACUGAGGAACCAUCCAUCCUUUUACCUUUUCAAUCACCGGGGCCGGGUGCUUUUCCGCUCGCCGGAAGAGGAGCCCUCCUCUGCUUGCAACCAGCAAGCUAUUCCCAACCCCAUACGACUACGCAAGCUGGAGCAUUUGCACUGAGACUGGCCUUUUUUCCUGCCUGUAACAUCAUCUACGUCAGAUAAGAUUUGUUUUUCGUUAGACAGAGGGAGGGCAAAGUGAGAGUUCAUCUUCCCUCUACUUUUAUAUAUUAACUAAUAUGCUGUCCAAACUGUCAUCAGUCCAUAGAAGUGGUCACUUCCAUAUUCAACACUGACUGUGCCAACCCUUCAGUUCUUCAAGCAGAUUUUGUUUGUAUAUACAGUAUGUAAAUGCUUUGGAGUCUUAAGUUACCUUGACAUCUCCCCCCUCCUGUCCCUUCUGAACUGAAGUGGGAUAUUGCCGUACUUUGUAUAUCCUUUGUGUGAGGGGCAUAAAGCACUUGGGUUCCUGUUUAUUUUCAACCACACAUAAGUCUUGAGCUGGGCAGAUUUGUAUUUUUUUGUUAACUGAAAUGUGUUGUAUGAACUGAGGACCCUUUAUUUCCCUGAUGAUUUUCUUGAAGCUUAAAGGCUCAUCUGUACAUCCUGUAUGCAAUAAAGAGGUUUGAUUAAUGCCACAGGAAAUCAGCGUAAGCUGGGACAACAUCAGAUGACUGUUCUAAUGAUACUGUGAACAAUAAGGCAAAGUAGAAAGAAAGUCAUGGUACAUUCAUUUGGGUGAAGUUUAUUUUUCCUUCAUUUUACAUUUUGUUAAGAUUCAACAGAUUGUUUUUAAUUUAAUAAAAAGGCGUACUGAUUUUA